AUGACCAUGGACCUCAACGCAGCGCCAUCUGCUCACUCGAAGCCAGUACGUCCCAAAGGCACGCUUGGCCUCAAACGAGCCGUCCCUUCGGCCCUCGCCAGCGCUCACUUUGCCUCUCCUUCUCGAGCCGCCCACACCGAUCCUGCCCUUACUACCGCUGCUCCCUCCAAAAGGGCGAGACUCGUGCUUCCAACACAACAGCUCGACGCUGACCACGACCAAUCAGAGCCAUUGCCUCUCGCCACCGUAGGCGGAAACGAUACGCCACCUUCACACGCUUUUUUGCUCGGUCGCAAGUCAUCCAAUCAGGGCUCAUCAGCUCACGCCACCAACAAUGCAGCAGCGGGCCCGUCCAGCGGAAACGGCCCAUUCUACCUAUGCACCUGGAGGAAGCCGCAGCAGAAGAAGCACAAGACCUGGGACGGAGAUGCCAUCCUCGUCGUAAAGGACGGCGGAGAACGGUGCAGUCUCAUCUGCUCAGAAACAGGCAAGGAGCUCGUCACUUCGGCUCGCUUCGCUUUCGACCGUCUCUCUUCUGGCGACGAACUGGCGCUCGGUGGCAAGGAGAUCGAAAUCGAUCGCGAGAUCGAGCAGCCAGAGUAUCGCAGGCUCAUUGCAUUCACGCGCGGAGAACUCUCUCCCAUCAAAAAGGGCCCUCCGCCAACCGCCAUACGUACGCCCAAACCGUUCGCAGUACCCAUCAAACGCUCCGCCAUCAAGCCCGUCGACAUCAACCAGAUCGCUCCUGCUCGGGCAGAAACCUUCUACGGCAAGACAGCGCCUAAACCCAUCCGCAAAGACCUCGACGAUGACUCGUCUGCGAGUCCGUCGCGCGUCAGUGGUCUCAGCAACCCGGGUCAGGGCAAAAAGGCCCAGCCUCGCUUCGACCCACACGAACCAGGUGCCAUCGUCAUGAAACGACCGGACGAGGGACAUCAGCACAGGCACAAUCCCAAAGGACGUCCAAUCGUCGACGUCGUACUAGAUCCGCAGCUCACCAAAGCGUUGCGGCCACAUCAGAUCGAAGGCGUCAAGUUCCUGUACGAGCGCGUCAUGGGAAUGCACGCCGACGGUACAAAGGGACACGGCGCCAUCCUGGCAGACGAGAUGGGACUCGGCAAGACGUUGCAGACCAUCGCGCUCGUCCUCACCCUCAUGAAGCAGUCCUGCUACUACACCUCGAAAUCCUGCACCAUCGAGCGUGCCAUCAUCGUCUGCCCCCUCACGCUCGUCAAAAACUGGAAGCGCGAGUUCCGCAAAUGGAUCGGCACCAACUCUCUCAACGUGCUCUGCAUCGACGAAGGUCGCGGUCGCGAGGAUGUCGAGCGCUUCGCACGCUCCAGGGCCUACCACGUCAUGGUCAUCGGCUACGAGAAGCUCAGGAGCUGCAUCGACGUUGUCAAAACCGCAUCGCCACCUGUCGACCUGAUCGUCUGCGACGAGGGCCACAGGCUCAAGUCCAAGGACGCGCAAACCACGCAGAUGUUUGAAGAGCUCAAGACCGAACGCAGGAUCAUCCUCUCCGGCACACCCAUCCAGAACAACCUCUCCGAGCUGUACGCCAUGAUCGACUUUGUCAGUCCUGCGCUUCUGGGCACUCCGGACAACUUCAAGGCGCUCUUUGAGGAGCCUAUCGUGCGCUCGCGCGCCAAGCACGCCUCCAAGCAGACCAAAGCCGUCGGUCAGGCGCGUCUCGGUGCGCUUACGACCGUCACGAAGGACAUCAUCUUGCGACGCACCGCCGAGAUCCUUACUCAAUUUCUGCCACCCAAGAAGGAGAUGGUGCUCUUUUGCAGUCCGAGCCAGGAGCAGGUGCGCAUCUACCAGUCGAUCCUUGGCUCGAGCGAGGUGCGUUCGCUUCUGCAGGGUGGUGGAGCGGGCAACGGUCUUUUGCAGAUCGGCGUGCUGCGCAAGCUUUGCAACAGCCCCGAGCUGCUGCUCAAAGACACCGAGGCGGAUGCGGACAGCCCGACGAAGACGCUCGUCGGCGAUCUGACCCGGUUCUUCCCACCCAACUUUGUGCGCAACGAGGCGAGGUUCAGCGGCAAGCUCAUCUGCGUCAUGAACCUGCUUGAAACGGUGCGAGCGCAGACGGAUGACAAGGUGGUGUUGGUCUCCAACUUCACCAGCACGCUGGAUAUCAUCGAGGCGAUGAUGAGGAAGAAGCGCUACCCGUACCUUCGACUCGACGGCAAGACCCCGCAGGACGAGAGGAUGGCGAUGGUCAACCAGUUUAACCGCGAAGGUGUCGACAACUCGUUCGUCUUUCUGCUGUCGGCCAAGAGCGGCGGUGUGGGUCUCAAUUUGAUUGGUGCCAAUCGGCUGGUGCUGAUCGAUUCGGAUUGGAACCCGUCUACGGAUCUGCAGGCGAUGGCACGUAUACAUCGAGACGGUCAGAGAAAGACUUGCUACAUCUACAGGCUGCUGCUUUCCGGUACCAUGGACGAGAAGAUCUACCAGCGGCAAAUAUCGAAACUCGGCUUGUCGGAUUCGCUCAUGAACGCCGAGAAGAAGUCGUCGUCGUCCGACACGUUUUCGCCGGAAGAACUGAGGGACAUCUUCACGCUGCAUCUGGACUCGACGUGCAUCAGCCACAGACAGCUUCUCUGCGAUUGCGACGGGAAAGGUGGGAGCGCUACGUCGGACAAAUUGGGACCACUCGGUGGGUUGGGUGAUAGUCAGAGCUCGAUCAAGAGUGAAGACGAAGACGAGCUGCCAGGGUUUGUGGCUGCUUCGCAGCAUGUGGUGGACAAGGCGGCGCAGGAUAGGUUGGAUCGACGCAAGAAGCUGCUCGCGUUGUACAAGUGGGCGCACUACGACUGCGUUCGUCACCCGGAUGACUUUGACGAGGACGAGAUUGCCGCUGGACUGGUCCGUAGUGCUGGACAGAGGGGGAGGGUCAAGUCGAUGGGUGGGACGCGGGUGAAGGCUGAGUUGGAGGACGAGUGGAGCAGCGAUAUGAAGGAUCGGGAGGACGAUCGACUGUUUUUGGCGGGUGAUGAGGAGGAGAUGGACGGGGCUGCGGUUGCGGGGUUGGGUGGGGAGGAUGAGUUCCGGUUGGACGAGGUGGAAGCGGGAAGGAUUCUGUUUGUGUUUGCCAAGAACUCGGAUCGGACGGUAGACAAAGCCUCGUCGCCUAGCAUCACCACUUCGCCUGCACUCGACUAG